UAGUUUUAGCCGUUGUUUUAUACUAUUUAUUUAUUUUCUUUUUCUGAUUAACUAUAUUUUUUUAUCAUAGUUAAUAUUUCGCUUGUUUUAGUUACCUUAAAUUGCCCAGUAUUUUACAUUAACACACGCAGCGCCCCCGAGUGGGCAAAGAAGCAAACACGAGACCAGUAGAAUCCAACUACAUAUCCCAUAAUGCACCGACAACGUCAGCUAGUUUUGCUUCCGAGUCAAGUAGAAAUGAACAUUUCAGACACAUUUCAACCAGUAAAACGUGAUUCCAAAUGAGAUGUUUGUGGUUAUAUAAGCUUCUUCAUACUUGCCAGGAUGGAUCUUGGUAAGGCAAAGCUGCUUCGGACGGGUCUCAACACUCUGCACCAAGCCAUCCACCCUGUGCACGGGAUAGCAUGGACGGACGGCAAGCAGGUCUGCCUGACAUCUCUCUUCUUCGUCAAUGGCGAGGUGCAUUUCGGGGACACGAACGUUAUUGGGCAGUUUGAGCAUGUCCUCGGGCUCUUCUGGGGCCCGCUGUGCUGCGCUGACUCCCCUGCCUUGCUGGCUGUUCAGCACAAGAAACAUGUUACCGUGUGGCAACUGCAGCUCAGUGCGCUGGAGCAGAACAAGCUGCUGUGCACACAGACCUGUGAGAUGAGUGAGCCUUUCCCCUUGCUCUCCCAAGGCUGUGUGUGGCAUCCUAAACUGGACAUCCUGGCUGUGCUGACCAAGAAGGACACUUCUGUGCUUUUUUCUGUCCGGGUGGACAACCGGAGAAUCAAAGCGGACAUCAAAGGUAGUGGACUUAUACAUUGUGCAUGCUGGACUAAGGAUGGUACACGCCUGGUGGUGGCUAUAGGAAGUUCUCUUCACUCAUACGUCUGGAAUGACAUCCAGAAGAGCCUGACAGCCUGCUCCUUCUGCCCCAUCUUUGAUGUGGGAGGCUACAUCUGUGCCAUCGAGGCCACGGGGGAGGCUCAGGUAGCUGUGUCUACGGAGCUUCCUCUCGAUAAAAUCUGCGGGUUAAAUGCAGGCAUGGCUUUCGACAUGCAGCCAGAUACUGAGUCCCUACAAGGCCACAGCUCGCAUGUGUCAGACGAAGACCACCUUCUGGACUCGAGAAGAAGAUCUUUUGAAUCAGAUAGGUCCUUCGUCUCCAGCUUAGGCCCUCUAGACCUCACCCACCUCCUGGCGAAGCACCGUCGCUCUGACCCAAGCCCCCUUAUUCACCUUCGCCGCAGAGACACCAUGACAGGCUCUGGCCAGGACUCCUCACACCUCAUCCUGGUCACCUAUGAGCGUAAAGUCACCACCAGUCGUAAAGUCAGUAUCCCGGGGAUUUUGGUUCCAGACAUUGUGGCUUUUGACCAACGUGGUUCCACCGUCGCAGUGGCUUCCAACACCUGCAACAUGGUGCUCGUGUAUUGCAUCACAGCCUCUGCCAUGCCGAACAUUCAGCAGAUCUCUCUGCAGACAAACGAGAGGCCCAAAGGAGUGUGCUUCCUCAAUGACAAGAUGCUGCUGUUGAUGGUUGGCAGGCAGAAGUCCAACGACCCUGCCUUCCUUCCAUCGUCUAACACGGAUAAAUAUGUUCUUCGUCUGGUAGCCAAAGAGCUGAUGCUUGAUGGGGAGACUCCUGUCCCACCAUCCCCCUCUGCUCACAACAAUGAGUCCAUUUCUCAUUUCUGCGCAGGGAUUAGGAGGCACUCGGAGCACCUAUCUAAGGAUGACAGGGAGCACAGAGGGAUAAAGGAUUUGGUGUUGCCUGGAGGGGGAGUUGUUCGUUCACCAGGCAACAGGCGUAGGCUGGUGGAGGAAGUGAGGAGCGGCGAGCCCAGCCCAGUCACCAGCUCAGUGGACUUCUCCGACCGAGCAUCAGACAGAGCCACAUCCAGUUCCUCCUCAAUCACUGUGGAGAAUUUCGACAUGGAACACGUCAACCGCAUGAGCAGCCUGGCGGUGGCCGGCCAGGUCAGCAGGGACUCCAGCCGUGCCAGCUCUCCUCGCCUCGAGGCAUCGGACAAGCUCCACACAGACCCCACGCUGCCUAUGCCUGAAAAGACAUCGGGCCCCACCAAGGAGCGCACUCUGGAGCAGCUCGUUCACAACAUGGAGAGGCUUUUUACUCGCUUUGCAGAUGUACAGCUGUGCCUGACAGAAAUCAAAGAUUAUACCCAGAAUGGCAAGAAGGCCCUGAGUGUCUACCCCAAUGCCUGUGAACCCCCCUAUGUCAAUGUCACAUGUCAGAAGCAGUUAUCAGAAAACGUGUUCAUCGAUGAGCGGAGGCCUGUGCUGCUGUGUGACGGGAAGCUGUGUCUGCGGGCCCUCCAAGAACUCUUCAACCUCACCAUCGUGGAGAUGAUAUAUGGUCCAUUGUGGAUUGUACUUGUGGCAGAUGCAGACGGCUUUGUGCCUCUGACGUUCAAGCCCAAAGAGGAACUCACAGUGCGGAACGGGAAACGGAAAAAUACCCUACGGACACCUGGGAGUCCGGAGAACUCCGUCCCGUCCAGUCCAGCCCCCGGCCAGAACCCCAUCAUAUCCACAGACUUCUCUUAACACACACCUCAAUUUACAGACUCAUGCAGUUGUAUCCCUUAAAUGUAUUUGAUCUAAAUAUGCAAAGCAGAGUGGAUAUGGCAUGAAGGUGCACUAACUUAACUUAUGCAGUUAACUGGAGUUGUAUGAAUGCAGUCCGUUUACCACACGUCCAAUUUAUUUUUCUAUUGAAAAACAGUAGAGUUUAAACGAGCUGCUUAUUCAGAUGUGGUGUUUACAUGUUGCUGCUUUAAGAUGAAAGCUUACCUGACAGAAGUUUGAGCACCAACAUCUUGGUUUGACAAAAUGCAAUGCUCUACGAACAGCUUUGAAUAUGUUUUAAAGAUGUUUAAGAUAUGUUUUGAAUCGUCCUGCUGUCCUGGUACAAGAACCAAUAGAGGCUUAUGUAUGACGUACAUUUUUAUUUUGAUCAGUAUUUGUUGUGACUGGAGCGCUACAUAAAUUCCCACUUGUAUGAAAUUUAGAUUUUACUCAUGAAAUUUGGCACUUGGCUGAAUGAUCCUACUCAAAUGAAUGUGUUCCACUCAUGUGUAAUUUCACCUUGUUAUACAACACUCUGGGUUAUAUAUAUAUAUAAUCAUAUCUAAAAUAUUGAAACACUUCUAAAUUUGUAAUGUUACCCAUUUCAGUAUCACAACUGACCACUAGAGGGCGCAAGACUCAACAGAAACCUCUCGUCUCAUAGCUUACAGCUCUAUUAAAGACCAAAGAAGUGAA